AACAGAUAUUGAUCUCACUGGAACAAAAGUAAAGGCAAUCGUGGGAAAGAAUUUUGGUCCAUGAACAUGGAUGGAAGAAUUGCCGUGACACAGCUCUAACGACGAACUCGACGGUCGGUGGAAUCCGAUGAGUAUGAUAACUUAAGAAAGACAAACCUCGACAGGAAGGAAAAGAGUUGGAAUCAGUAUCGAAUGGGAACAACUUAACUGUGAAAUGCGACCUUCAUGGCAGUGGUUGGAGUAGUCUUUAAACAUAGCAUGUAGAUUCUUUUUUAAAAAAUAUGAAUAUAAAUUUUUUCUUUCGUACGGUUAGUGUUUUUCAAUUUGUAACCACUGAUUUUUAAGUCUGCAUAUUGAAUGGUCUAUGUUAGUCUUGAAGUGUGGAGGACAUGCCAACUUGCCCCAUGCUAGAAUCUGUCCUCUUUUAUAUAAUAAUGAUGAAAACACUUCUCAAAGUUCUUCAUAGUUCCUGCACCAUUCUUAAUUUCUCUUCCUUCACUCAUUGGUGAGUUGUGACAAUCUCAAUUUCCACAAAACUGAUGAACUUCCUAGCUAGUAAUUCAACAACCACCAUGUCAAAAUUGUUCUAUGUUUGUUGUUGUGUCCUUAUUAUUUUACCAACCAUGGUCUUAGGAUAUUCUUGUUCAUGUGACACAGAAGAGGGUAACAAGAGUAAUCCAAGUAAAGUUCUCCUCUACAAACUUGGCUCAAUCGCUUCUAUACUUUUUGUUGGUGCUCUUGGUGUGAGUCUUCCAUUGUUGAGCAAGAAAAUCCCAACACUUAACCCCAAGAAUGACAUAUUCUUCAUGGUUAAGGCCUUUGCCGCAGGUGUGAUCCUUGCCACUGGCUUUGUCCACAUACUCCCUGAUGCAUUUGAGAACUUGACUUCACCUUGCUUGAAAGAUAACCCUUGGGGCAAGUUUCCCUUCACUGGCUUUGUUGCCAUGUUGGCCUCCAUAGGGACCCUUAUGGUGGACUCAUUUGCCACAGGAUUUUACCAUAGGCAACACUUUAAUCCCUCUAAGCAGGUUCCUACAGUUGAUGAGGAAAUGGGGGAUGAUCAUGCUGGUCACAUACAUGUUCAUACACAUGCCACACAUGGCCAUGCUCAUGGACCAUCAACUCUCUCCUCUGACGGCUCAAUAACACCUGAAGUACUUAGGCAACGGAUCAUAUCACAAGUGUUGGAGAUAGGAAUAGUGGUCCAUUCAGUGAUCAUUGGAAUAUCAUUGGGAACUACAGAGAGCAUUGAUACCAUAAAGCCACUUCUAAUGGCCCUUUCUUUUCAUCAAUUUUUUGAGGGGAUGGGGCUUGGUGGUUGCAUCUCUCAGGCAAAGUUUGAGUCAAAGUCUAUGGCAAUUAUGGCAACAUUUUUCUCCCUAACAACUCCAAUUGGGAUAAUAAUUGGAAUGGGAGUGUCAAGUGUGUACAAGGAGAAUAGUCCAAUUGCUUUGGCUGUUGAAGGGGUUUUCAAUUCUGCUUCUGCUGGGAUAUUGAUCUACAUGGCAUUAGUGGAUCUGCUAGCAGCAGAUUUUAUGAACCCGAGGUUGCAGAACAAUAUGAAGCUUCAAUUAGGGGCAAAUAUCUCUCUUCUUUUAGGUGCAGGUUGCAUGUCUUUAUUGGCCAAAUGGGCUUAAGUUUUGGUCUUUUACUUUCCACUACUCAGUAAAAUAGAGCAUUCUCUUAUGCUUAAUUUUUUGUCACUUCAAUAUUAUUUCUAUUUCUUUCUUCAUUUUC